CAACACCAUCACCACCCCACUCCAUACGCCACACUCCACAUUAUCUCUGUGACCAAUCUCUCAUUCCCUCUCAUUCUUCAUGUGUCCUCUUUUAUUCACUUCAAAACUGCCCCAAAUUCUCCCUCUCUUCAAUAAAUUUCAUUCCCCCUGAACGAAUCUUCCAGUUACAACUUAAAACCCACUUCUGACUUGCAGAAAUGGGUUCUUCCAUCAAUAUCUUUCUGGGUCUUUUGAUAUAUGUUUCUGUUGCACAUACUACAAUCUUCACUUCCGCGAAGGUGUAUGUGGUGUACAUGGGUGGCAAUGAUAGCGAUGACCCAGAUGAAAUUUUGACGAAAAAUCAUCAAAUGCUUGUUUCUGUUCAUAGUGGAAGUGUUGAAGAAGCACACGCGUCUCAUUUGUAUAGUUAUAAACAUGGGUUUAGAGGAUUUGCAGCUAAAUUAACAGAGGAUCAGGCUCUUCAAAUUGCAAAGAUGCCGGAGGUGGUUUCGGUUUUCGAGAACAAAAGAAGAAGUUUGCAUACGACACAUUCAUGGGAUUUCAUUGGUCUUGUUGGGGAAGAAACCAUGGAAAUCCCAGGUUUUUCAACCAAAGAUCAAGUUAAUGUCAUCAUUGGUUUUAUUGAUACAGGAAUUUGGCCGGAAUCAGAAAGUUUUAGCGAUGCAGACAUGCCUCCGGUGCCAGCUGGUUGGAAAGGAAAGUGCCAAUCAGGGGAAGAAUUCAAUAUUACACAUUGUAACAGGAAACUCAUAGGAGCAAGAUACUAUCUAAGCGGCUACGAAGCCGAAAACCAAAAUUCACAAUACGACGACGAUCCAAAAAACAAAAAAUCUUUUCGGUCCCCACGUGACAGUAAUGGUCACGGGACCCACACCGCCUCAACCGCUGCGGGCCGCUAUGUGACCGACAUGAACUACAAGGGUCUGGCCCGCGGCGGUGCGAGAGGCGGUGCACCCAUGGCCCGAGUCGCAGUCUACAAAACAUGUUGGGACUCGGGUUGCUAUGAUGCAGAUUUACUAGCCGCAUUUGAUGACGCAGUUCGAGAUGGGGUCCACAUUGUGUCAUUAUCAUUGGGGCCCGAUGCACCUCAAGGUGAUUAUUUUAGUGAUGCGAUUUCUAUUGGAUCGUUUCAUGCGGUUAGUCGGGGGAUUUCGGUUGUUUCUUCGGUUGGUAAUGAAGGGGGAAAAGGCUCCGCCACGAAUCUUGCUCCGUGGAUUAUUACAGUUGCGGCUACAUCGAUUGAUAGGGAGUUUACGGCAAAUUUUGAAAUGGGAAAUGGCGUAAAAUUGAAGGGUGAAAGUCUAAGUGUACUUCAAAUGGAAGCUCCAGCAAGAAUCAUAUCGGCUUCAAUAGCAAACGCAGGCUACUUCACUCCGUAUCAAUCCAGUUAUUGCUUAGAAAGCUCGUUAAAUUAUACAAAAACAAGAGGAAAGGUGUUGUUAUGUCGGCAUGCCGAGCGUUCAUCGGAAUCAAAGGUGCGAAAGAGCGAGAUCGUGAAAGCCGCCGGUGGAAUCGGAAUGAUUCUUGUUGAUGAAAAUGUGGAUGUUGCGAUUCCGUUUGUGAUUCCGGCUGCUAUUGUAGGAAAAAAAGUCGGAAACCGGAUUUUAUCAUAUAUUAACAAGACACGGAAACCAAGUUCACGGAUUUACUCAUCGGAGGCAGUAUUAGGAUCUCAAGCUGCUCCUCGUGUAGCAUCGUUUUCAUCUAAAGGUCCCAAUGGAUUAACCCCAGAAAUUUUAAAGCCGGAUGUUGCGGCUCCCGGAUUGAAUAUCCUUGCAGCAUGGUCUCCAGCGAUCGGGCAAAAACUGAAGUACAAUAUUCUGUCUGGAACUUCCAUGGCUUGCCCUCAUGUAACUGGAAUUGUAGCAUUGAUUAAAGCUGUCCAUCCCACAUGGUCUCCUUCUGCAAUUAAAUCUGCUAUUAUGACAACGGCUUCAAUUUUUGACAAAACUGGAAAACCAAUGAGGGUCGACCCUGAAGGUCGAAAAGCGAACCCAUUCGACUAUGGCUCAGGCUUCAUCAACCCCACCACGGUCCUUAACCCUGGUUUAGUCUAUGACUCAACCUCUAUGGACCACAAAGCCUUUCUAUGCUCAAUCGGCUACGACCAAAAGUCACUUCGCCUCAUCACUCGAGACAACACCACUUGUGAAGACCAACCGUUCUCAACACCCUCAAACCUUAACUACCCUUCAAUUGUCAUACCCUACUUAAAGUCAAACUUCUCAGUUACUAGAACUUUGACUUACGUUGGAAACUCGGACAAAAAGACCGUUUGGACCUCCGUGGUGGCUCCGCCACGUGGGGUGGAGGUCGAUAUUGUCCCACGGAGGCUCGUGUUUAGCGGAUAUGGCCAGAAAAUGAACUUCACCGCCACUUUUAGAUUUUCCGGCGAGCCUCGGGGCUAUGUGUUUGGUUGGUUACAAUGGAGGAAUGGAAAGGUGCGGGUGAGUGCCCCGCUUGUGGUUCGAGCCGUGCCUUUUGACUUGGGCUCGGGUGUUUGACCAAAGGGUUCAACGAUCAUUAGCAUAGUAAAUUGGCUUGGGAGAUAUAGGUUUGAAUAGAAAUUUGUUUUCUUUGUUUUGUUAAGUAUAUAGAGGAUUGGAAAUUGGGUUUGUAGAAUUGCUAUUUUUUUAUAUUUUUAUUUAUUUAAUUUAAUAAUAUUGUUAAUGCUA